CAAAGGGCAAAAAGAAAAGGUGUCUAUUCAACUCCCUUUGUGGAAUCGAACGGUUGAAUGAAUGGAAGUCCGAGCGUAGAGGCGGGUGGGGUUGAGUCGCGGGGCAGUCGCGACCGACCGCGAUUGCCAAGACGUACCUCACAUGCAGCUGCCUGCUCGCCUUCCACUAUCGAUAGACAGCUACAUUGAAACCAACCUUCUAACACUCCAGAAACUAUUGCAUAUUCAACAAUCCAACAUGGAGCAAACCAAGGCCCUUAAUGCUCUCGAGCCCUUCCUUGCCCUCAGCAAAUCCGCGACUUCUCCACGAGCAGCAUCGGACUUGAUCGUACAAGCCACCAGCGCGCCCAACACAUACGUAUUCGCCGAACUCCUACAGACACCGAACAUUCAGAAUCUACGGAGUUCAGAAGAGUAUGCUUCGUAUCUUACCUUGCUCGAGAUCUUCGCCUGGGGAACCUGGGAAGAUUACAAGGCUCAAGCAAAUCUCCCCAAACUCUCAGCACAGCAACACCAGAAGCUCUUGCUACUUUCAUUACUGCCGCUCUCGCACUCACAUGCCACCCUCACCUACAAACAUCUCAUGACAGCGCUCGAGCUGCCCACCACCCGCGCUCUCGAGGAGCUCAUCACCACUGCCAUCUACUCCGGCCUGAUCACCGCGACUCUCGAUCCCGCACACUCCCUCGUCUCCGUGACAUCCAUCUCGCCACUGCGCGACCUCGCACCAGGAUCCCUCCCCGCACUUCAAAACACUCUACAGUCAUGGUCACAACGGUGCGAUUCUGCUCUAGCAGAUCUGGAGGCACAGGUUGCAAAGGUCAAGAAGGAGGCGUUGGAUCGAGAGAAGAUGCGUCGGAAGAAGGAGCGGGCCUUUGAGGCAGUCAUGACGGUCGGUGACGAGAAGAACACUGGCAAGCGGAAUCUGAUGGGUAUGGGUGGUGAUGACGCUAUGGAGAUUGAUGAGGAUAGUAGCGGCAGGACCACAAGGGGCACUAAGAGGGGUCCUGGAGGGUUCAGCUUCGGUGGCUCUGGAAGGCGUUAAGGGGAUGGUGUGUGUAGUAUCUCAAUAUACUGCAACACGCCACGUCCUCAUAACCGUGAUUCACAAUUCCUCAGGGCCAUCUAGCCUGGGAAAUCAAUGUAGUCAUAGCCUGGAGGGUUCGCUGAGGACUGCAGGACUCCACAAAAAAUGCAGCCUCGGGAGUUGGUUGUGAUAGAUACAUUCAAGACUACGACAAAGGAGACUUGAUGGGAAAGCCAGGAGCACCAGCAAGCCCUCCAUGGCCCCAUAUAGCGAUGGGAGCAACCAUCACUCCUCACACGGGGAAGUAUGAAGCACAAUAAUGGAAACAAGAACACCACAAACCACAAACACCCAUCUUGAAAAUCUGAACAUGAUGGAUUAUGACUAUAUGCCGUGCAUGCCUUGUUGCCCAUCCAUCCAAAACCCUUCCA